UGGAGGCAGCCAUUCUCCCGGAAGUGCAGCUGGAAUCUUCCUCUAGAAACUCAUAACAGCAGACCACAACAACAGGUUAUAAGAUGAGCUGCCAAAUAACGUGUGUUUCAUGGGUGCAGCGAGGAGUCGCCAAGGAAGUCCCUGACAAGGUUGAGCUUAGCAAGGAAGAGUUGAAUAAACUCAUCACUGAAGCUAAAGAACAACUUGAGGAAGAAGUUAAUGAUAGUGAAGAUGGCGGUGACCAAGACAUGGACGGGGAAGAAAAAGAGUCAGAUGAAAACCCCCCAGAAGCUGGAGAUCAGGAAGAAAGCCUUUCAACACUUACUCGAGAUGAACUUGCGGAAUAUGAUUUGGAUAAUUAUGACAACGAUGAUGAAACCCAGAUUGGAAACCUCGGUGACAGCUUGGCUGGUCUGGCUGUAUAUAGCAGCAAUGAAAAUGAUGCCUAUAUCACCCUAAAAGACACAGAGCAAUACGAGACAGAGGAUUUUGAAAUUAAAUCCACUGACAAUCUUUUGAUUUGUGGCCGUGCAGAAGAGGACCAGUGUAGUCUUGAAAUUCACGUGUACAACCAUGAAGAGGAUUCUUUCUAUGUUCAUCAUGACAUUCUUCUACCUGCGUAUCCCCUCUGUUCUGAAUGGCUCAAUUUUGAUCCAAGUCCAGAAGAGUCUGUAGGAAAUUAUGUUGCAGUUGGCAACAUGACCCCAGUGAUUGACAUAUGGGAUCUCGAUCUGGUAGAUUGCUUAGAGCCUGUCUUUUCACUUGGAAGUAAACAAAAUAAAAAGAAGAAAAAGAAAGGAAAGAAGGGUGCGUCAUCAGAAGAAUCCCAUGAAGGACACACUGAUGCCGUGCUAGACCUCUCCUGGAAUAGGCAUAUCAGAAAUGUGCUGGGCAGUGCAUCUGCAGACAAUACAGUAAUUCUUUGGGAUAUGGCCGUGGGUAAACAAGCUGCCAGCCUAACGCUCCACACAGACAAGGUCCAGACUUUACAGUUCCACCCAUUUGAACCACAAACCCUAAUAUCUGGAUCAUAUGACAAAUCCGCAAUAUUGUACGACUGUAGAAGCCCUCAGGAGAGUCACAGAACAUGGCGGUUUAGUGGACAGGUUGAAAGGGUAACUUGGAACCAUUUCUCCCCAGGAAAUUUCUUAGCAAGUACAGAAGAUGGCUUUGUGUACUGUUUAGAUGCCCGUUCAGACAAGCCAAUUUUUACACUUAAGGCUCACGAUGGAGAAGUGUCUGGUCUUGAGUUAAGUAGCCAAGUAAAAGGAUGCCUUGUCACAUCAUCUGCUGAUAAAUAUGUGAAGAUUUGGGAUAUAUUACUUGAUAAGCCAAGUCUUGUUCAUUCCAAAGACAUGAAAAUGGGGGUCCUAUUCUGCAUAGAGUGUUGUCCAGAUUUUCCCUUCAUUUAUGCAUUUGGUGGCCAAAAAGAUGGACUGAGAGUAUGGGACAUAAGCAGCAUCUCCGCAGUGAAAGAAGCCUUUGGAGGUAGAGAGAGACUGAUGGUUUCCACGUUGUCUAAUUCAUCAUCCAGCGACGCCACAGGAAGCAGCAGCGGCACCACCACCGAUACAAUGAACUCUUAAAACCGGAGAGAUUUGUUGUGUUCUCUCUUUAUUCUCGAUCAUAAGGCAAGCUGCUUGUACCCUUAGGGCACUAAAAGGGAAAUGUGGAUCUCAACAUCAGCUUGAUAUUUUCGUUAAUAUUUAUGGACGCCAAGACAGAAAAUUCCCCGGAUUAGUAGAUAUCCAUAUCCCGUUCAGUAACUAUUGCUCUGCACAUAUUAGAUGGCUAAUAUGAUAGUUUUAUAUAUAUAUAGACUGUUGCUGAUUUUCCCUUUAAUAUUUUAUCGGAUUGAAUACCCCCAGCUGUGCUGUUAUUAGUCAGACAGGAGUUUGGAAUACUGAAUGGCACAGCAGACCAAACAUAGAAAACAUAAUGUGCAGAAAAGCUAUUGAGCUAAUUAUAAAUUGGAUUUCUAUUCCAACAAAGUGAAUCUCACCCUUUUUUUUUUUUCUUCAUUUUAUUUACAGCAUAAUGUAAAUCAAUCAUUUAUUAAUGAAGCCCAAACGAUUCUGUUGCAGAGUUUUUGUGGCCAUUUCCAAAUACUGGU